AUGCUGGACUCAUACGGCUCGACGGCGCUGCACGUGGCGGCUUCGAACCGGCGCAACGCGGCCGUCAGGAUCCUGCCGGGAGCCGGGGCCGACGUGCAGGCCACCGACCUGCGGGGGCGGACAGCGCUGCACGCUGCUGCCGAGAACGACGCCAUCGCGUCCAUCCACGUGCUGCUCGAGCACGGCGCCAACGUCUGCGCCAAGGACUGCGACGGCAAGACGGCCACCCUCCUGGCCCAGGAGUGCGGCCACACUGCCGCGGCCAACACCCUUGACCUGAGCGGCUGCAUGCAGUGGUCCAUGCGCAAGCUCAUCAUCGCGGCCGAGGCGGGCAACGUGGAAGCCGUCCGCCAGAUGCUGCCGGCCGUGAAGACGGUUGUGAAGCCGGGCGAGUGGCCGCACCUGCACUGGGCGACGCUCAACGGCAGCGCGACGGUGGUGCGCACUCUGCUGGCCGCGGGCCUCGACCCCAACGGCAGCGACCGGCACGGCAACACCGCGCUGCACGUGGCGGCGGCGCGCGGCCGGCCCGCCACCACCGCGGCGCUCGUCGACGCCGGCGCCGACCUGGACGCGGCCGACUCGAGCGGCUCGACGGCGCUGCACUACGCGGUGCGCACCGACAACGUGCCGGUGGCGCGGCUGCUGCUGGCGGCGGGGGCCGCGCCGGACCCGCGCGACGACCAGGGCCAGACGCCGCUGCACCGCGCCGUCGCCAGGGGCUCCGCCGCCGCCGUCGCGGCGCUGCUGCGCGCCGGCGCCAGCCCCGACGUCGCCGACGGCGCCAGCCGGACGCCCGCCGACCUCGCGCAAUAG